AUGUCUGCGAAUUCUACGGAUCCAAAUCUGCAGUUGGAUAAGGAUUUGGGCAAGGCGCAUGCUACGGCACGAUCGUUGGAGACUGAGAUCGUUGCACUGGUGGUGGAGACUGGGCUCUAUGGAGCCUUCAUCGUCCUAUUACUCUACGCAGCCCACAUACUCCGACGGAAACAGCCCCGGACAUGGGCCCACACGGCCAUGUUCCUCACCUCCGUCCUCAUGUUCUUAAUGUCAUCCACGCUCUGGUCGCUCGAUAUCGUGAACAUCAUCCUGCCGAUGCGUCAGAUAUUCGAUAAGACGGAAGCGGGCAUCGAGAAGAGUUAUUCAAAUUUGAACCAGAUCAGGUGGUUCUGGCAGUCGUUCGUUUUCACCCUCGAGUUCGUGGUUGGAGAUUCGGUGGUGACGUGGCGAGCGUGUUCGCUCUGGAACUAUCAAAAACGGGUCGUUUUACCCUUCGUGAUUUCAUUGGUCGCUUGUACCGUGACGGCGUUCGUCUACGUAGGCUGCGUAGCGGACAACGACUGGAACUACCUCAAAAGACCGGCCUCGUGCCAAAACAUGGAAACCGCGAGUUUUUACCUCUCCCUCGCGAUCAACGGCCUCGCGACGUUCGCGAUCGCGUUCAAAGCCUGGCAGUUCAGAAAAGACAUCAGGAAUUUUAAUCCGGGACCGGGACGUUCGAACGAGCGGGCUCGGCGGUGGACGUUCAGCGAGAGGAUCAUAUUGUUGCUCAUCGAGUCGGGGAUGAUUUAUCUGGCUAUUUGGUUGUCUAAACUUUACACCUAUAUCCGCUCGCCAUCGACGGGAACACUCCCAGGAGAGUUCGCCGUGUCGGUGUUGAACUCUAUGGGAAACCAAGUCGUCGGACUCUACCCAACCAUCAUCAUCGUUCUCGUCCACCAAAAACGUACCCUCUGGGACGUAUCCAACAUCUCCUGGACAACUCCUACCCUCGAUACUACAGGCUCGCCUGGUCAAAUACAAGCAGGAAGCCGGAGUUGGGCUAUGCGGCAGGUUUCGGAGGUGGGGAAUCAGACUUCGGUGGUGACGACGAUGCGGUUCGGAGAUGGAGGGGAGGGCGAGGGCGAGGGAUCGGGCGAGUCGGAGCAGGAUUCGGAGGUGAGGAGCGGGACUGAUUAUGAGGUGAGGGAGGAGGCGGAGAAGAGAUUGGCUUGAGUGUGCUUUUUGUUUUCUGGGUUUGGCGGUUCUCGUACUGGGUUCAAGUUAUAGGAUUGUACUUCAGAGUUCGAUCGAGUAUGUAAGAUAACGGUUGAUAGUUGUGAGACUCCGGUUAGUCUCCUCCAUUCAAUGCGUGAGGGCGAAUGAACCACCAUAGAGCCCAACAUCUGCUGCAAAGCACAUACGGGCUAAUAGCGAGUUCGGUUCUCGAAGAGGCUGCGAAAAAAGCCUCUGGUUUCAAUUCCAACGAACCGUAGGCGAAAUCUGACUGGCUCGUCUUGCUCACAAGCAGGGGGGGCCGAAGGUGUACAUGCGCCUCGAGGGUGACGAGCGGUCUCCGACUGCAGAGUGUCCGUUCCUUUUGAAGGAAAAGGGCAUAUGAGUGUCCCAGACGUGCAUGGAUAGGAACGUUGUCGCCAUAUCGAAGCC